AUGGUUAGCCAUGGCAUCGGCACCGAGCCACCGCCAUUGUGCCUGGCCGCGAGUCAGGGGAGUGAGGAUAUCGUGCGGCUGUUGCUCGAUCACGACUGGAACGUGAACGAAGUGGAUGCAGAAGGCCGAACCCCAUUGCAUUUGGCGGCCGAGAAUGGUGACCGGUCAGUCGUUCAAGUUCUUUUGAAUCACACAGAGGUCGAUUUGAACGCCCAGGAUCAGUGGGAAUCCACCGCCUUGCACGAAGCCGCCAAGCGAGGGCACUUGGCCGUAGUCAAGCUGCUUCUGGCCGAGCCGAGCAUCGACAUCAACGCCAGGGACAGAAAUGACGCGACCCCGCUCUGGUGGGCCACUCGAGGCAAUCACAACCAUGUGGCCGCACGGCUGCUGGCCGAACCGAAUGUGGAUAUCAAUGCCGUCGGCCAGUUCGAAAGACCGCUCCCGGAUCGAUCCACGUCCCUUCAUCAUGCUGUCCGGGGGCGAGCAACCUUGAUGCGCUUGCUUUUAAUGGAGAAGAGCCUCGAUCCCAAUGUCGUCGACCAUCAGGGCUGGACUCCGCUCGGCCGGGCAGCCCUCCAGGGCGAUGACAGAACGGUGAAAUGGCUGCUCGCCCGACAAGAUAUUCAAGUGAAUGCGACUACGCAAAGCGAACAACCACCCCUGUGGUUAGCUGCAAGGCACGGCCAUAUCCGAGUGGUUCGACGCCUGCUACACUGCCAAAAUAUUGACAUUAACCAAGGUUGGGGAGGCGACUGGACAUUAACGCGCAAACCUACCAAAAAGGAAUCUGCACUAUCUCUGGCCGCCCGCUACGGGCACGUGCAGGUCGUCGAUACCAUCCUACAAGACCCUCGGGCAGACCGCAAUAGCGUCGACGAUGAAGGGCGCACCGCUCUGUGGUGGGCGGCUCAUGAAGGGCAGACAGCCGUCGUGAGACGAUUGCUCGAGGAUGCCAACGUCCAAGUCGACAUCAAGGAUCGCCAGGGAGCGGACGCUCUAGAGGCCGCGCGGAGUCAGCAUCAUCUUGGUGUCGUAGGUCUCCUACAGGCUUACCGAGUGGGUCAUCGCUGCGGCGACAUUGGCCAACCUUGA